GGAUCCUCUACUUUCAUUGGGCUCAUUGAGGUUUCAACUCGCGACACGAGCGGCUGUCCGUCACUAUCUCCUGCUGAAAAUGAUCCUCAAAUACAGCUGUCUGCUGGGAUUGCUGCUCUGCGGCUGUCAAGCGGUGCUUCAGGUGUCGAUAUCACUGAAUAAAGUGGAGCUGAGUGUUGGAGAGUCGAAAUUCUUCACCUGCACAGCCAUCGGUGAGCCGGUGAGUAUAAACUGGUUCAGUCCUCAAGGAGAGCGUAUCAUCUCCAAUCAGAGAGUGAUCGUGCACACGGAGGGCGUCCGCUCCAGGCUCACCAUCUACAACGCCAUCAUCGAGGACGCUGGGAUAUACCGAUGCCAGGCUGUGGACGCCAAGGGACAGAGCCAGGAGGCCACAGUGGUGCUGGAGAUUUACCAGAAGCUGACCUUCCGCGAGGUGAAGACACCGCAGGAGUUUCGUCAGAGCGAGGACGCCGAGGUCGUCUGUGACGUCAUCAGUUCCCCGGUGCCGGCCGUGUCCUGGUUCUACAAGAACCGAGAAAUCACGUCUGAGCCCAACAGCAGACUCCAGGUGCUUCCCAGCAACAACCUGCAGAUCCUGCGAGUGAGUAAAGCCGACGAGGGAGUGUACCGCUGUGAGGCGCGAGUGGAGGCCCGAGGAGAAAUCGAUUUCAGGGACAUCGUGGUGCUGGUCAACGUUCCUCCGGUUCUGUCCGUGCCGCAGCAGUCGUUCAACGCCACCGCAGACUACCAGGAGUCAGUGACGUUCACCUGCAUCACGUCCGGCUCCCCCGACCCUCAGGUGACCUGGUACUGGAAGGGUCACGCGAUCGAGCGAUCGGAGCAGUACGUUCUCAACACGCUGGACGGAGGCAAAAGCACGCUGACGGUCAAAAACAUCCGGCAGGGCGACGGCGGGCCGUACGUGUGCCGCGCGAGCAACAAGGCCGGGAGCUCCGAGAGCCAGCUCUUCCUCAAAGUGUUCGUCCAGCCUCACAUCACUCAGCUGAGGAACGUGACGGCCGUGGAGGGAAGCGCUGCUAUGAUCUCCUGCACGGCCGAAGGAGAACCGCUGCCAGAGAUCUCCUGGAGGAGAGCCAGCGACGGACAGACCUUCACAGACGGAGAUAAGAGUCAGGAUGGCCGCGUGGAAGUGCGCGGACGCCACGGAAAAUCCAUGCUGACCAUCAGCGGCGUUCGACUCUCAGACUGGGGCCGAUUCGACUGUGAAGCUCUCAGCAGGAUCGGGGGCCAUCAGAAGAGCAUGUUCCUGGAUAUCGAGUAUGCGCCGAAGUUCCAGAGCAAUCAAACCAUCUUCUACUCGUGGGAGGGAAACCCGGUGAACAUCAGCUGCGAUGUGAAGUCCAAUCCUCCGGCGACCAUGCUGUGGAGACGAGAGCGCUUCACCAUCUCCAGCCAGGGAACCAGCAACAUCCGCAUCCACAGCGCAGACGGACGCUCGCUUCUGGAGGUCACUCCGGUGUCCGACAGGGAUUUCGGACGCUACAACUGCACAGCCAGAAACAACAUCGGCGCUCGAUACCAGGAGUUCAUUUUAGCACAAGCAGACGUCCCGUCUCACCCGUACUCGGUUCGGCUCAGCGCCGUCUCUCAGCGGCUGGCCACCGUCUCCUUCAUGAAGCCCGACUCUCACGGAGGAGUCCCCAUCAGCUACUAUCUCAUCAACUACAGAGACACGAGCGUCCAGGACUGGAGGAGCAUCAGAUCACACGCCGUUCAGAUGGUCCUGGCUAACCUGGAGCCCAACACCACGUACGAGGUGCGAGUGGCGGCCGUCAACGGGAAGGGUCAGGGAGACUUCAGCCACACGGAAAGCUUCCAGACCUUACCCAUCCGAGAGCCGAGUCCUCCGACGGUCCACGGUCAGAGAGGAGUCGGGAAGGCCUACAGACUCGGGCUCAUCAAACAGGACGACGGCGGGAUGCCCAUCGUCGAGUACAUCGUCAAGUAUAAGACGGAUAAAGAGGAGCAGUGGAUGACGAAGCUGGUUCCGGGUGGGAAUGACUUCGCUCUGCUGCAGCCUCUUCAGUGGAACACACGCUAUAACGUGGAGAUCACGGCUCGUAACGUCAAGGGCCUGUCGGAGCCCACCUUCUUCCAGUUCCUCACGCCGCAGAAACCAGACAUCACAGCAGACUCCCUGUUCAGCGGCCUGGGCCUCGGCGCGGUGGUGGGGCUCGGCGUGGCGGCUCUUCUUCUGCUGCUGGUCCUGGUGGACAUCAGCUGCUUCUUCCUGCGCCAGUGCGGCCUGCUCAUGUGCAUCACGCGCAAGCUCUGCAGCAAGAAGACCUCCACCAGCGGCAAGAGCAAAGAGCUGGAGGAGGGCAAAGCGGCGUAUCUGGUUGAUGGCUCGAAGGAGCCCAUCGUGGAGAUGAGAACUGAAGAAGAGAGAAUUACUAACCAGGAGGACGGCAGUCCAGUGCACGAACCCAAUGAGACGACUCCUCUGACAGAGCCAGAGAAGCUCCCGCUGAAGGAGGAGAACGGCAAGGAGGUGCUAAAGCCGGACUUGAUCGAGAUCAAGGUCCACACGGACAACAGCCUCCACACAAAACAGGACGACAGCAAAGCGUAAUGGAGCCCGGAGUCCAUCCCAGCCCGAACAAACUCAGACCAAAUGUAGAAAGCAGAAGAUAUCAUAAAAGAGGGGUAAAAGGGGUGUGUAAAUAUGUUCAAAUGCAAACAGGGACUGCGUUUUUUGUGAUAAAUCUACUGUCCUUUCUAUUCACGAUGACUCCGGCGCUACUUUUCGGUUGGCGUGUGCGUCUUGAUGUUUCGGUUUGGCCAUGGAGGAUCUCAGAAAUGAAUUUCCAGACCUUUCUUCUACUUUCCAGGCAUGUCGAGUCGAUUUUUUUCUGCCCAGCGGGACAUUGUGUUGUGUCUAUAGUCUCGAUGAUUUCAGAUUCUGGGCCUCUCAUCUAAAUGUGUUAGAGACUUUUUGGUUUUUGGCUUUUUCAAUGUUUUGGUAGGACUUUUCCAUGGGGAAAAAAAAAAAGAUCCAGAUGGAUUGGAUUUCUUCUAUUUUUCCAGGCAUGGUGAUGCGUCUCUAUGUAUGUCCAAUUCCGAAGCUUGAAGACCUCAACGGUUCGUGUUUCCCAUUUCGUCGUCAUGAGUUUUAAACGCAGGGGUCACUUCGAAAAAGAAACCUGGCAAAACUUUGUAGUAAAGUGACUUUGUAGUUUGGAUUUGCGCGACUGCCAUGAUGCCAGAUGAAAUGCUCUUAUGAAUUUAUGUUGAUUAAUGUGUGCAUGUGUGGGUGUACGUGAGGAUGAGUACGUGAAUACACGAACAAAGAUGCGAAUGGUUGACGGACGCUUUAUGAGCGCGUUAUUCAGAUAACUGAUGUGAACAUGGACGCAGUUUCAUUCAUUUUCUCAGGAGGAUUAUCUUCGAACAGUUAGUCCAUCAUGAUUAGUAGUUAUGCUGGAAUAUGUAUUUUUCUCGUUUUGUAUCAUUUAUAUAUCAUUUACAUUUUCAUGUAUAUUAUUUUCUAAUUUAUUAUGUGAUUUUCUAAUUUAUUUGUGAUUUUGUGAUUUUGUUCAAUUUUAAUUGUCUCUAUAUAAAAUUAGCAACGUUGACUAAAUUGUGUGUGUGUGUGUGUGUGUGUGUGUGUGUGUGUGUGUUUAUAAUUAAGUCAGCAUAGCUAAUUGGUAUAUAGCGAGUUUAGUUCUAUUUAGUUUUUAUAAUUCUAUUAUGUACUUAUGUAAUUUUUAUAUUUUUAUUUGACAUUCGUUUAUUUUAAUUUCUGCCUUUUUAUUUCAGUAUUUUUGAUGCUUUGACUUAAACGCAUUUAUGUUGCUUAGUUUCUAAAGCUGCAUUGCUAAUUCAGUUUGUCUUUGUAAUAUAAAAUCUAUAUUUUAAUUUAAUGACAUUUUUAAUUUUAGCUUGUCUUUGUCGUUUUAUUGCACGCUUUCGUUUAAGCGUAUUAAAAAUGCACCAUCUUAUACAGCAUAUGUAUUAUUUAAUUUAGUUUUAUUUUUAGCCAUUUUUGAAAUUCAAGGCAACAUUUAAAUUCAAAGAUUCAUUUAAUGUAUUUUUUCCUUUUAUUUCAAGUAACGAAGCGCACAUGUCAGUCAUUCGCGUCUGUAUAUUUGCGUAGCGUGAGAUUCUGGUCGAUGUUGUCGAUAAAAGCCAACAUUUGCCACCUGAGAGCCACUUUAGUUCUUAUUAUAUUUGAUAUAUUUUACUAUGGUUCACAGCUGUUUGUACAUACAUGGCGUGUGAUGUAGUGUUCCUGUAAAACAUUAGGAAUGAAGUUCCAGAUCAGGCCGAGUCUCUUCUGUGGAGUCAUUAAUGGAGCAGCAGGGCAUUAUCUACCAGAUCUGUUUUGUAAAGUGUUUGUAAAGCCUGUAUGAUGUCAAUGAAACCAGUCACACGAGUUGCAAAAAAAGAUUGCGUUCAUUUGUACUUUUGCAUUUUUCAGCGAAGACGUACAAACCAUCUGGAUAGAAAACAUCUGUUGCUGUCUUUUUGUUGUCGUUGUUGUUGUUCUCCAGAACUCCACGUAUGUGAAGUACCGCACUGCAUUAAGCCAGAAAUGACAAAAUAGAUCAAAUGUUACAUUAAUUACGAGCCGUUUCCAGCUGCUUCUCCCUCGUUAUUGAGUUUCAUCCAGCGACUCUUUUGUGUUUCAGUCUCAUUCAGACGAGUUUCUCUUCUAAUACUCUAUGCAUUCACAGAAAAGACUUCUGCUUUUUAUGUUCUGGGUCGUUGAAGCUCUUUUUCUUCCGUGUUCGUUGCAGGUCUUUAGUUGAUGGAGAACAUCUGAGUCCUGAUCUUACCACUGGAACACCUGUUAAAACUGUAAUUUACCGCUGUAAAUAAAUGUGUACUAGUAUAAGACGGUGCUUGUAAAAUA